UCAUCCCUCUUUCUACUAGGAUCAUGGCUAUGCCUUGCCUGCUUCUCCUACCGCUCUUAAGACCAGACUCAAUGAAGCCUUAGCAAGAGUGGAAAGUCUGGAGCGAGAGAAGAAGAAUGCCAUGGCCAGAGAAAAGAGGGCAAAGACCGCAAAUAGACCACUAAACCUAACCCAACUUUUAGGUCCUCUUCUUCCUCUGUCAUCCCUGCACCUCCUGGUUCCUCCACUGAGGUUGAUGUCAGCCUGUAUGUGGCAGGUGGCCCAGGAGCGAAACGUAGACCAGUAUGCCAAACUGGCUGAAUUCAUCACGCUGGUGACAGAGAUGGUCCCAGAGCUUAUGAGCUACAAACAGAAGACUCAGCUCAUCCUGGGACUGAGAGCUCGGCUCGUGCUUGAAUUGUUAAGGAGGACGGACAAGGUUGACUGUGAAGCUAUGCGGAAUAAUCUAAACAGUUUUCAACCGAGGACAACAAACUGUAUACACGAAGAGGACCAAGAUUCAGAGGUGGAGAUUUCAAAGUCAGCAUUUGUGGAGCUGGUUGAGACAUUGCUGAGAGACCAAUCACAAAAAGACAACUUCUUCAAGGAAGUCUUCUCGGUCCGAUAUGGAGCUCGUUUUGAUACAGCGCUGCAGAUCCUGGUGUGGGAGUUCUUCUACCGACUGGAGGAGUUCCUCCCAGUACCGAGUUUUUCACAGGUAUUAUCCAUGUUUGACAUUUCUUCCUUUGACUAUGAGGUUGAGCAGUUUGUCUCCGACCCUGAAGACCUGAAGAGGAUUCUUCAGCAUCAGCAGGAGCAUCAAAAGUUGACUAAAAGUGAAUUCACCUUUGUGUCGGACACUAUCCUCUCCACGCUCGCAUCUAAACUGACUUCGGCAGCAUCUGAAGAACAUAUUGAUCAAAAAAUGGAUGAGGGAGGUGAAGACAGCAAAGAAAAGACGGAGCAGAAGACACUGAAGCAAGAAGACAGCUGUGGCAUAGAAGACAUUUGUGAGGACGAUGAAGAGACUGACAACAGUUCCAUUGAAACUAAUCCAAACUCGUACUGGCUGUCACCUCUUACUUCCUCUCCAUGUUCUGAAGAAGCAGGUGAUGAAGAAACAGCUGGUGAAGCCGCCUUCCAGCCACCCAGAUGCUCAGUGGAAGGACUGAAGGAACAUCUGGAUCUGAGUAGAAGCAAGGAGCCAUCAGAAGAGAGCCAGUCACUGACAAGAGGCGGAGACGAUGCCAGCGAGGACUCCGUAAGAGCCAAUAAAAACACCUGCCUGGAGUGUGGCAAGACUUUAGCAUCGCCUGCCUCCUUGAGAAGACAUCAUUUUCUUCACUCUGCGGUACGGCCAUUCAAGUGCACUCAGUGUGACAAGUCAUACACAUGUAAACCAGACCUGAAUCGACAUUUCCUAAUUCACUCAAAAGUCGUGUCCAUUCCUUGCAGCCUUUGUGAGAAGAGAUUUGGGUCUCAGGCUUCACUUAAAGUUCACAUGCGAGUUCACACUGGAGAGAGGCCAUUUGCCUGCUCGUACUGUGGCAAGAGGUUCUUGAACAAUUUCGCCCUGAAGUCCCACGUGCGCAUUCAUACCGGCGAGCGCCCAUAUGCCUGUACUUUUUGCGACAAGAAAUUCAUACAGUCACACUGUCGCACUGUGCACCUCAGGGUUCAUAAGAAAGAGAAACCGUACCUGUGCAGCACAUGUGGUAUGUCCUUUUGUAGCUCCGGGGCCUUGCUGGUGCAUUCACGCAUUCACACAGGCGAGCGGCCUCAUCAGUGUGACUUGUGUGGGAAACGUUUCAGGAAAGCUGUACAACUGACAGUCCAUCGGAGAUUCCACACGGGAGAGAGGCCGUAUUCUUGCUCACAGUGCGACAAAUCGUUCGCCUGUAGCUCGGGACUGAAGAAACACAUGAGGACACACACAGGAGAGAAACCAUACCAGUGUUUAACCUGUCACAAGACGUUUUCCGAAAAAUCCAACAUGAGAAAACAUCUGAAAGUCCACAAGAACAUCUAGCAUACUGUUUUUGGACACCGGUUGUUGGCACGCUUGCAGUAUCUUAAAUGAUAAAUGAAAGCCUGGUUAUUUCUGUGUCAGAACCAGCUGUUUCAGUGCGUCUUCAUAUCACUAAAUCAAAUGUACGUAUGUAAAUAUGGACUUGGGACACUUGGGAAUCGUACAUGUUGGAGCAUAUAUUAUUAAAGAGCAUAUUGUUUAGGGUUAGCAUAGGUCAAAGACUUGAUUUUAGUGUGUAGUUAUGUUCAGGUAAUCUAAAAAAAUCUAAAAAAGUCAAAAAAUGUGCUAACAAAAUAUACCAUCAUUAAGGAGUGCUCAUGUGUGUGAGAUAGUAAGGAUAGAUCCUUUGUACUUUAAGAGUGUGAAUGUCUUCUGGUCAUUUUUACCUGCUCUUUUCUAUUUACUCACGUUUCUGUCAGUACAAACAUUAUUUAUGUAUCUCCUGAUCCCAGUGCUGCUGCCACUCUUUACUGAUUUUCUUCCAUGCGAUACCCUUUCCCUCUGAUUUUGAAGGUUUAAAUUGUGGUGUCUAUGUAUGAGCUUGUUUAGCUACUCUGCCCUCUCUCUCAUUAUCCAGAAGAUGAGUCGGUUGUCAGUUUAAGAUUUCAGCUCAGAAAGCUCACAGUAUCUGUUCUGUCUUUUUUAACAAUUGUAAGAAACAGAUGAUUUUGAAUUUAUAAUAAAAUAUUCAUGUUGUCGAACGACUCAUAGGCAAAGUGUUCGGUAACUCUGAGGAACUCAAAUGCACAAGAUUAGUAUUUUUAUGAUUUUUUCCGUCUGACCAUCCACUCUUUGUUCAGUAGAGUACAGUGUGAAUUCUAUCACAUCUGUAGCUGAAUGUAUUAAACCUCUUCAAUUUCUUAAUUCAGAUUAAAGUACUGUUUAUAAUCUUUGGUACACACAUUCAUUAGGGUCAAAUGCAGCAUAAACCCAUAAUAAAGUCCACCAUAAGCAGUAUUUGACAGUAUUUCGGUAUGUUCACAAACUGAUGAGGUGAUAGUUUGAAUUAAGAUAAUAUUUUCAUGUGUGGCUGUGGCCAUCGCACCAAUACAUCAGCCGAUAUUAGCUUCUUACAGAUACAUCAGUAUUUACAAGAAAUUUAAAUACAGAAAUGCCAAAGACAUGUUUUGAAAUACUGUCACCACUCAAGUUUAUUCAUUUUUCAGAUAGAAAAUGUCCUGCCCUGUAAUUUAUUGGUAACAAGAAAUGUACAGGGCUUGUCAAAAAAUAUAUAUAUUUAAGGGAACCUUAUUAAAAAAUUUUAUGUUAUUGGUCAUGUAAAGAAAAAUAAUAUCAGGCCAAUAUAUCAGUAUCCACAUUGGCCUCAAAAAUCAUGUUUUAGACAGGUUAUACUCUGCUUUUUUGGACCUUUCACACAUUUAUUUGGAUAGUGACAGCUUGAAGAUAGACAGGAAACUGAGGAAAGAGAAAGAAUGACAUGCAGCAAAGGACCGCAGCUUGGAAGCAAAUCUGGACCGCUGCGGUAAAGACUCAGCCUUUGUACACGCAGACUCUACCAGGUGAGCUACUGGGCACCCAAAGUUGUGUUUAUUUAUUUUACUCUCAUAUUUAGACAUACCUGCUCAUUCAUUCUUACAGUACAAUGAAUCACUACAAUGAAUUCAGUCACACAUACCAACCCUCCUUAAAGAUCCCCGCCAAUCAUGUAUUAAGACAUAUAUACAAAUAGUCUGCUUGGAACAAUAAUGUGUGUGCAAAUUAAAAUCAUUAAAAAGGCAUCUACUACUUCUACAUCAUGCUUAUAUAAGUUGCACACAGAACCAGGAUGGACUUCCAAACUAUUUGUGAUGUCACAAAUUAUGCUCGUAGGUCCCGCCCCUUAAAAUCAGAUUUUCAAUAAGCACAGAGACACCUUGCACUUUCUGUAGAUGAAUGUGAGUGUCAAACUCAUGCACAUACAUCAUUCUGCAAAGUAAAGCUCAAACAUCCAAUAAGAAACAGGAAGAAAAAUCUUUUGUC